AUGGAAGGUGAAUUAGGGGUAUGUUUUUUGUAUAAUGAUGAUGAACUUAAAGAACUUCCUACAAAUAUAAAUUAUGCUAUUUUCGAUGAGGAAAAAGGGAAUUGUGAUGGCGUGUUUUUUUAUGAUAGUGUAUUAUCUCGUAUAGAUACGGAGCGUUGGAUUUAUAAAACUCCUUAUCAUAUUUCUAAAGCCUUAUGUUAUGUAUAUAAAAAACGUUUGGAAAAUGACUUUGAUCUAUCUAUUUGUAAUUACCUUUACUAUUGGUUAAUUGACGUACUUUAUAAAAAUUUAUAUUUUAGAGACUUUUUUUAUACUAAUAUGGAAUUAUUUAAAUUUUUACUAAAUUGUGAUGGGGGUAUGAGCAUAUGUAAUUAUGAUAAUUAUGAAAUCAAUCAAGAUAAUUUUAUGGAUAUUAAGCUAAUAUUUGAUUUUUCGAAAGAUUAUGAUAAACUUGUAGAAUAUUUUCGUGUGAAUGAUAGAUUAUGUAGUAGUAAUUUUAAGAAAUACUUUGAUCAAUAUAUCAGAACAUAUAACAAAUACAAAGAGAAGUGUGAAAAAUCAAAUAAUAAGGAUACGUCUUGUAGGGCUUUUGAAAAUUAUUUAAAACAUAAGGACUAUAAUAUUAUAUCUAAAUGGUCAUUUACUUCAAAUGGAAAUGCCCAUAAUUUUUCAUCAGUUCAAAAAAAAGUAAGCAUAGAGCAUACAAAUAUACUGCAAGGAGGAUAUGGGAUAGAGCAACUAAAAAAUAUAUAUGAAGAAGUUCCUAUAAGUGUGACAAAGGGAACUGUAGAAAUAAGAGAUCCAGUAAUAACGGGAUAUCCUGAAGAAGUACAGGAGGUUAUGAUUACUCCGGGAGGAAAAACUAGUUAUUUACAUUCACAUGGUUUAGACAGGUAUGAUGAUACUCAAGAAUUUAGAAUCAUUUCAUAUAUUUCAAGUAACACUUCACUUUCUUCAACUUCAAAUGGUAUGGUCAUUACUCCUAUACUUGUAGUAAUUGUGGUUUUUUUUAUAAUACUGUACAAAUUUACUCCAUUUGGAUAUUGGUUAAAAAAA